UACUACGUCAGCGCAGUUAUUUCCCUCAGUUUUGUUUGCUCAACUAUUAAAUCUCUUGUUGCCGGUACAUUAGACUCGACCUGGAAAGACAUAAAAGCAGUGUCCACGGUCGUAAGCCAGACAAAUAAUUCCUGCAGUCAACACUACAAAAUAGGUAGUAGUAGUAGUAGUAGUAGUAGUAGUAGUAGUAGUAGAAUUUAUUAUUUUGAUAGGGAAGGCCCUACAGACGUUGCCGUCUUACGGUACUGUGACGCAAGAAAUGGCACCGCUAACUCCGGAAGACUUCAUUGGUCCGGCUAUUGUAACCAUGGCUGCAGCCCUUCAGUUUGGCAAGAUGGCGUCCGCUUGUGGAAAAGCCCGUCACACCCAUAAGAUUACACCACCUCGAAUGGAUGGGCCUGACGAAUUUAACCGUGUGAUGCGAGCAUACAUGAAUUGUGUUGAGUUCCUCCCACUGUUCUUGUCCUGCAUCUGGGUCAAUAGUCUAUUUUGCCAUCAAGCUAUCUCGCUUGUCCUUGGCCUGCUCUAUGUCUACACGCGCCAUCAAUAUUUCUUAGAAUACUGCAAAGCUGCCAAGGCCAGAGAAGCUCCAUUUCGCCAGAGCAUUCUCAUAACACGUGUUUUGGCAUACUCCGCUAUGGCUGGUAUUGCACUGACGGCAGUCAAGGCGUUUGCCGGAUUGGACAUUGCACAGCUUGUCACCGAACGUGUGCGCUCGCUAAUGUAGGAAUGUGAGUGGAUGACGCAACGUGUGAUAUUUUUCCACUGCGUUCCUGUUGUUGAUUACAUACUGUACAUGUAAAGUAUACAAUUCUGUUAAAAACACGUCGGCUACGCGGCUAGAAGUUGUGCGGUCUGGUGUGCUUUCAUUGCAAACCUUAUUUUAUAGUUAUUAUGUUUAAUGUACUGCAUGGCAUGCAGAGCUCCAAAUUAACGCUCUUUUGACAGGUAGAAGGUUUUCUUUGUCCUAGCCUUCACCGAUUUCUCUGUUGAAUUUCUGAUUAUGACUAGCUUCAGAAUCAUUGCAAGAACUGAUACCACUUCUCAGCUUCAA